AUGCUUAAACUAGUAAAGGGUGCUACGAAACCCAAGGCCGCGGCCCCCAAGGCCAAGUAUAUUGAGCCGAUUUUGGCCACCACCUAUGAAGAAGGUAAAGACUUUGCCACAACAAUGGAAGCUUUGGGGCGUGUGCUGGCCAAAACCCCGGCUUGGACGAGCCAGUACAAGGCUCUUAUUGUGCUCCACAUCAUGAUUCGCGAAGGCUCAGAAGAGGUUACCCUAAAAUACCUGUCUAAACAUCCUCGCAUGUUGGAACCCGACGAGGCCACUGCCCGUCAAGCAGUGGGGCUUCUACGUUACUGCCGUUAUAUUUCUGUGCGUGCAGCUCAAUUCCGUGAAACAAAGGUUGAUUAUGUGCGCUACAAGACACGUCAGGGCCACGGCCGGCUUUAUGGCCUCACCGUGGACAAGGGCCUUUUACGAGAGUCUGAGAGUGUGAUUGUCCAGCUCGAGGCUCUGCUCAAAUGUCACUUUGAGGAACAAGACGUCGACAACGAUGUUGUAUUAAUGGUUUUCCGCUUGCUCAGCCACGACCUUCUGUCCCUGUUCCAGGUCCUCAACGAGGGUGUUAUCAAUUUGCUUGAACACUACUUCGAGCUGUCAAAGGUCGAUGCAGAGACUGCUCUUGAUGUAUAUCGUGGGUUCACAAGACUCACAAAUAAGGUCAUUUCUUUCCUGAGGGUCGCAAAAAAUCUCGAAUACCAAACAAAGUUCCAUGUGCCCAACAUCAAGCAUGCACCCACCUCGCUUGUUUCCUCUUUGGAAAUGUAUUUGAACGAUCCUGAUUUCGAAACUAAUCGCAGACAAUAUCUUGCCGAGAAGUCCGCUAAACCCCGUCGAGAUCGUGAAGAUCGUAGCGAGCUUGCCCAGCAACCUACCGCUAAUCAGCGAGAACUCAGUGCCAAGGUACAAGGCGACGAGUCCUCUCAGCCCCCCGCAAUGCAACAACGGCAACCUUCGUUCAAACUUUCCAACCAGAUGCAACAGCCACAGACAAUUCAGUUCGCUCAGCCGGCGCAGCCUGUCCAGUCUCAGCAACCACAGCCCGUACAAGCUGCCCCAGCAAGAUCAAGCUUCGAUCUGCUUGAUUUCGGACAGGCAACUUCUGCCCCGGCCGCUGCCCCGGCCGCUGCCCCUGUGCCUGCUCAACCCUCCCCUUACAAUCCAUUCUACGCACAGGUCCAACAAGAAGUGCUUGCACAAACCCAAGCAGCCCAAAUCCAGCUUGAGCAGAGCCAGGCCCAGAUGCAGAUGCAGCAGAUGCAGUAUCAGCAGCAGCAGUUGCAACAGAGCCAGCUGCUGCAAGCACAGCUCACUGGUGGGUGGGACCUUGGACAGGUUCCCUCGCACCAGCAGCAACAGCCUUUUGCCAACCAGCAAGUCGCCCAACACACACAGCCAAUGCAGAGCCAGUCGUCUAUUCUACCUGUACAAACUACGGGAUAUAACCCGUUCAAACGAGUUUCUAUGAGUACGAAUCCUUUCGCACAAGACCAAGUGAACCCACAACAGUCCCACUUCGUCCCACAAAUGGCUUCUCAGAUGGCCCAGCAAGUCACAGGCACCAACCCAUUCCGAAAUAGCAUUCAAUGA